AUGGACUCUUUCCAACUGGCAACAGCCAGCCCAACAAAAAGGGCAAGUUUCCUCAACCCACCGGCUUCUUGGGUGUUUCGACCUGUGGACCUCCCUUCAAAGCCUUUGACUAGGCCACCUGCAAUCCUGCUUUCGCUGUGGGACGUCAGACGGGCUAGAGUAACGUCUCCGAGCUACUACCGUCGCAUCCCAGCAGCGGUUUCUCUGCUUGCAGAGACUCCACCCACCUAUGUGUCAACGGCCACACAAACAGAACCGUCUGACAGCGAGUGGGAAUCUCCACAACAAGCGACCGAACCGGAGAAUCGCCGUCCUCCCACGCCGCCUAGCUCUCCAGAGAGCCGCUACACACCGCCACCGAGGACCACACCGAUUCGUCACCAAACCUCAUCGCUGAAGCCUCCACCGCGGUGCAACAUAACCCAGGCGAUUCCUUUACUAGCGUGGCAACCAAAAUACUAA